AUGUUUUUAAGUGCUGAAUACGUACAACAACAUUUACACCCUUCAUUCAGUUCGUUUCCAAAAUGUGUGUUGAUCAUUGAUAGCUUUCCAGUUUAUAUUCCGAGACCAAAGAAUUUAACGGCACAAUCGAUAACAUAUAAUGAAUAUUAUGGCGGAAAUGUCAUGAAAGGACUUAUAGGUAUUGCACCAACAACUGAUUUUCCAAUCGUCUUUUUCUCAGAAUUAUUCUCCGGAGCAAUAUCUGACAAAGAAUUAUCAAUACGAUCUGGUUUAACAAAAUUAAAUUAUCCACCAGGUGCAGAAAUAAUGGCCGAUAAAGGUUUUCACCUUCAAGAUAUUGAAAAAGAAAAAAAUUGGAAAUUCAUUAUUCCAUCGUUCUUGGAUCAAUCAGGACAAUAUGGUUCAACUGCUAUUGGAAACAAUAUGAAAAUUUCUAGUGUACGUAUACGAGUAGAACACGCUAUAGGUAGAAUGCAUAUUUUUCGUAUUCUAUCAACACCUAUUCCUUAUCAGUUAUUUUCUAGUAUAAAUCAAAUUGUUUUUAUUUGUGCGUUUUCUUCAAAUUUUAUGUAUAGAGACAAAAAUGAAAAAAUAAAAACAGAAAAAUAG